AUGAGUAUCGCGUGGUCAGCCGCGGGUCUUGCCAGCAGAGGACAAGCCGACGGAGAACCCUAUAUACCUCAUCCACCGCCGGAUUCCAUCCUCGCCGACGACGAGGGCCCGGCCAGUAUGGGCUUCCUCUCGGUGCUCAAGACUCUGGUUGUUCCCGCCAUCAUCUCCCUCAUCCUCUAUCUCACCAUAUCCUACGCCGUGGUCCCCGUGUGGACGCGGUACAAGAGUCGGUACGGGCAAUACCUGCCCUUAGACACGAUCUCCACACACACUUCGUCCUGGCGGCAACGGAUCCUAGGCGCGAUCGCCAAACGCCUUCUCCCGUCUACCUGGAGGGCCGACUUUGGACGAGACCGGUACGCCGUCAGUGCCCAGGACGGGUCUGGGAGUGACUUUGAUGAAGAGGAGGGCGAAGAAUUGUAUGAGGUGGACGACCAUCGGAGAGAAGCUUUGUCACUGGACGCCCGGCGCGGGCGGGAUGAGGAUGGGAGACGGCUGAGCCGGGACUUGGAAGAAGGCUUCAAAGACGACAGCGAGGACGAGGAUUUCGAACGUGGCGGGCCGGGCAGGACGCCGUCAAGAUAG